AUGAUUCUGGCACCUUUUCGAGCUCUUGACGUAGCGGCUCAUCUUUCCCUUACAACGCCAUUACAUAUCGCCGCAGAAAUGGGCUUUGAAGAUUGUUUACUUGUACUUAUAAGGAAUGGGGCUGGAAUUAACUUCCAGGACUCUAGUGGUGACACUCCCCUUCACAAAGCAGCAAGACAUGGACACAUCAGUUGCAUGAAGAUGCUUCUUGAAGCUGGAGCUUGUACAGAUACCCGCAAUUUCUAUAAGCGAACGGCCUCUGAGGUAGCUGCUAUUAACGGACAUUUUACGUUCGCUUCACUGGUGAAUGAGGCGUCUCGAAUCAAGAAACAAGAAAAUCAUAUUCCUCCAAAUGUUUCCAUAUUGCGCAACAAUAAUGUGUUUGCAUGUAAGCGGUCAAGAGAUAGUCUUGCCUCGGUGGGCGCUCUUGACGGAGACCUUUCUGAUAAACGACUGCGGUUUUCGGAUCCCGUGUUCCAAAUUGCCGCGGACAUGGUGGGACAAGGCGGACAUAAGCUCUGGCAAAACGACAUUCAAUCAAGCAUCUUCGAGCACGCCACCCAGCUGCGCAUGACCGACGCCUACGAGGAGUUGUACAACUCGCGCUUCGCCAACUCACUGAACUAG